AUGUCAAAUUACGUCGCUGCCCCCUUAAUCUCAGAAACAGAUAUACUUAUUAUUUCCCUCAUUUCUAAUUUCUUUUCUUUAUUCCUUUUUUUUUUGCAUUUUAACAGGCCACAAAAGCACGUUUGGCAUGGUUCACUACCCAACGGUGAGCGUUCAAUUGACACAUAUUGUGACGCCUGGCAUUCGGGCUCCAGAGAUAAGUUCGGUUAUGCCAGUAAUUUGCUGGGGAACAAAUUGCUCGACCAGGAGCGCCAAACUUGCGAUAGCAAAUUAAUUGUGCUGUGCGUGGAGGCGUUGUCGCAGGAUAGAAGGCGAAAACGCGAUAUCAGCGACAGCGAACCUGUGUUCCAUACGGCGGAAGCAUAUGCGCGCCACCUCAAAGAGGUGUUAACUUGAAAUUCCGACUAUCGCGCACAUGUGCCACGAAAGCGUGCCGGACGUGGGCAAUUGUUGUGGCUACAAUCAGUACAUCAUCAACAUCAACCAGUCAGAACUAAGCAACUUCAUCAGCAACAAAAACAAUAAAAAAUAAAAAAUAUUUUAAAUGCGAAUUGUAAAUCGAAAGGCGAUGCCAAAAUUCAAACACUUUGAUUAUUUCCUUUUUUAUUCAAAUUUGUGAAAAAGAGAGAAACUAACUACUACUUAAUUACGAACGAGUAUUUUUUCCACGAUUUUGUUCAUUUUACUCCGACAAACUGUGAAAAUAUUUAUGCAAAAUACAUACAUACAUACAAACAUACAUAGCUAAUUGGAACACAACUACGUAACUAGUAAAGCAAAGAUACAUACAUACGUAUGUAACUAAAUUCCCAUCUAUAUGUGAGAUUUUUUCAUUGCAUGUACUAUACACAUACAUACAUACUCUCGUGCAUACAUAGGAAGGUACUAUUUAUAUGUAGUAUAGCUAUAUUUAAUGCAUAUGUGCAUGUAGUUAAUAUAUUUAUUUUUGUUCUGUACUGUACUACUACAUA